UUUCUGUGUCUCAAGAAUCUUGGUUAAUCUUUUUCUUCUUCUCUUUCUUUUCUUUUUGCAUCAAUCAUCAUGGCCAAACUUGUUUUUUGGAAUGGAUUGUCAAGAAGUGUUGCUGGGCAUCAUUUUUUGGACUAGGAAUUGUCCAUAAUGUAGAUAUUGCCUUGAUAAUUGACCUGGUUUGCGAUUCUAAUAGCAUCUACCAUGGAAGAAAUACUUCCCCUCCCCUUUGUUUGAAUGAAUUGGGUGUACAUUUUUUUGUUUGACUUUUUGGUUCUUAACAAGAGGUGGUUGGAUUUGACGACUUUGGCUGAAACCAAAAUGUAACGAACAGGGAUUUUAUGACAAUCAAUUGGCAAAAUACCUUGGAUUCUAUCUCGAGUCAUUAUUAGUAGACUAGUUUUGGUGGUGCUUGUACAUGCUUCUGUUUUCUUUCUGUAAUUGGACUUGUUUUUAACUAAUUAUUUCUCUAAUGUUUGUUAGUAGUUGGACUUGUUUCUGUAAUUGUUGGAUUUGUUUAUCCUCUCUUGCUAGUUUUCAAGAUUUAGUAGUAAGUUAACAUUUCUGGAAUUAAUGCAAGAAUCAACUUGCUAACAUGUCCAAUUGAACAUCUUCAAGAAUCCUCCGAAUAUUUAUUUUGUGCAUUGACAAAGAUUCCGAAUCAUAUGCAGAAGAAUGGAGCAUCAAUCUUUUGGUGGAAGGGCCCAGAGACCAAAAGGAGCCAACAUAAAGCAGGCAUUGAAGGUGAUACUAGUUUUGGCUGUUGGUGCUUGGCUGUUAUAUCAAAUCAAGAUAUCAAGAAAUAAUGAUACAGAGAACUAUAACGAGCAAACCAAGCUUUACGGAGGAUAUGAUUAUGAAGCUAUACUGCUGGGGCGUAAGGGAACCUCAUCACGGUUAGUUGAAAUAGCUUUUCCUGACUCAGGAAAUGUAGAUUCUGAACAAGCCAAGGAAGAUAAGGCUGAAGAAGUGUUUGGACAUAUCAAUGAGAAAUUCAGCAGAAGAGAGGGAAAAGAAGUGGAUCUUGAACCUGAAAGUCAACCUGAGGUAUCAGCCGAAAAGAAAGACAAAGAGUCGUCCAAGACAAAAUCUGGAAAGGUUGGUAUAGAAUCAAGGGAGCUAGGUCACAAAGAGCAUGGCAAUGAGAAAUACCCAAAGAGACCAAUAACAAAUGAUUCUGUACGUAAUGACAAAGAAAAAGAAGUACAACACAGGGAACAACUAAAUGAUGUGCAGUUUAGAAUGAAUGCUAUAUCAGAUUUCUCAGAAAAGGAGAAUGAUGGGGAUGAAGCGCACAGAAUUAGAGAAAAGGAAACCCGGGUGCAGAAAAAUGUGGUGGAGAAUGCCAUAGAUGCUGCAGUGAGAGAGGAAAUAGAUGGGCUCCAAAGCUUUCAUGAUGAAAAUGGUGUCCCACCUGAUGCACACAUCCUGCUUGAAGAAAACAUUUCAAAUGUUGCUAAAGGAAGGUGGCUUCAAACAAACAUUUAUGAAGUCACAUCUGCAGAAGAUAACACUGUUGAAGUGAAUUUGGAAGCAUCAAAGAACGAUGCUGUUGAAGAAGUCAAUACAGGAAGUAUUACUCGUGUUGAUACUUUAGGCAUCAAACACAAUCCAGAAAUUGGUGAAGAUAGGUAGUUUGGUUUUAUAACAUUAUGUUUUUCAUCAUUGUAAACACGAGUUCAUACAUGCCAGAUUUCAUUACAAAAAGAAUUGACAGAGCUAAAAGGAGUAAGCUCCUAGGCUAUAGAGGAUGUCUUUUUUCUUUAAUUCAUGACUAUGUAUGAUGUAAUUAAACAUAGAGAAUGUAACGUUGCAGAUCUUUUCCUUGAA